UAUAUAAUCAUCAGCGCUUUCUGUUGACCAUCUCAAACACCCAAUUGCUCUUUUUGCAAUCAUGAGUCUGUUUGGCCUUGGAAGCAGGAACCAGAAGACUUUUCGCCCUAAAAAGAAUGCUCCAUCAGGAAGCAAGGGUGAGCAACUUAGAAAGCACAUUGAUGCUACCUUAGGUAGUGGCAACUUAAGGGAAGCAGUGCGGCUACCGCCUGGUGAAGAUCUCCAUGAGUGGCUGGCUAUAAAUACUGUUGACUUUUUCAACCAAGUGAAUAUAUUGUACGGCACCCUAACUGAAUUCUGCACUUCAUCAAGCUGUCCAACAAUGUCAGCAGGACCAAAGUAUGAGUAUCGAUGGGCUGAUGGAGUGAUUAUAAAGAAACCUGUAGAAGUUUCUGCUCCAAAGUACGUGGAUUAUCUAAUGAACUGGAUAGAGACUCAGCUAGAUGAUGAAUCAAUCUUUCCUCAAAAAUUGGGUGCACCAUUUCCGCCUAACUUUCAGGAUGUUGUCAAGACAAUAUUUAAGCGAUUAUUUCGUGUAUAUGCCCAUAUCUACCAUUCCCAUUUCCAAAAGAUUGUCAGUCUAAAGGAAGAAGCUCAUCUGAACACCUGCUUUAAGCAUUUUGUUCUCUACACAUGGGAAUUCCGCUUGAUAGACAAGGCAGAGCUUGCACCUCUCUAUGAGCUUGUUGAGUCCAUUCUGCAGUUAUAGUGCCAUGCCGUCCUUCAUUUUCUCCAUUGCUUCUUUGUUCUGUGACUCUUUAACAGAACGUACAUUUUAUGAUAGACACCAGUCAGGGAAAACCCAGAGUACUAUUGGAACAUGUUCCUGAAUUUUUCUCACGUUUAGAAAGUUUCGUGGAUUGAUUUUGAAUUGUUGCAUCUUAUGAAUUUUUCUUUCUGAUCGACUAA